ACUGACCCUGCCCGCUAGCCCCGCCCUCCUUCUUCCCGGCUCUCAGGCCCGCGAUGGCUCCGGCUCUGGACAGGCCCGGUUACUGGGGGCCCCCGACCUCCACCCUGGAGUGGUGCGAGGAGAACUAUGCCGUGUCUUUCUACAUCGCCGAGUUCUGGAACACGGUGAGUAACCUGAUCAUGAUUCUACCUCCGCUCUGCGGCGCCGUCCAGACUGUGAAGGACGGCCUGGAAACCCGCUAUCUGGUGGCCUAUUUGGGGCUCACAGCUGUUGGGUUGGGCUCCUGGUGCUUCCAUAUGACCCUUCAGUAUGAAAUGCAGCUGCUGGACGAGUUGCCGAUGAUCUACAGCUGCAGUGUUUUUGUGUACUGUCUAUAUGAAUGUUUCAAAAACAGAAAUUCCUACAAUUACUUGCUGCUAAUUAUUUUAGCUCUUUUUAGUCUAAUAGUUACUACAAUUUACUUACGAUGGAAGGAGCCUGUGUUUCAUCAGGUCAUGUACGGGGUGCUGGUGGCCUUUUUAGUCCUCAGAUCCGUGUAUAUAGUCACCUGGGUAUACCCGUGGCUCAGGGGUCUCGCCUACACAUCGCUGGGGGUGUUUCUAGUUGGAUUCCUGCUCUGGAACGUCGAUAACAUCUUCUGCCCCACGUGGAGGGACUUGCGGCAGAGGAUGCCCCCGGUGGUCGGCGCGGUGACGCAGUUCCAUGCCUGGUGGCACAUCCUGACCGGGCUGGGCUCGUACAUGCACAUCCUCUUCAGCUUGUAUACACGGACUCUCUUCCUGAAGUACCGGCCGAAAGUGAAGUUCUUUUUUGGAAUGUGGCCGGUAAUCAUGGUGGAAACGCCAAAGAAACUCUAAAGUAUUUGCCCCCACGAGACCCCCCCGGACAUUCCACGAUCCUUCAGGCCGAGAGCAACACAAGGACUCGGCGACCUCCUAUGCAGCGAAAGGACUGAAUCCACGCACACCUAUAUAAAUAUAUAUAUCAUAUGCAGAUACAGUUCCAGUUUGUGUCUUUCCACACACAUCCUGUAUACCGGAACAUGCGCGGGGGCCGCCAAAUACCCCGGAAACGAAGGACGCCGGUUUAUUCCGAACUCGUCUCGCUGAGCGGAAAAUGGUGAUUUUUAGUCUGUAUCUGCUGAUUGUAGAAAAAAAAAUGCAGAUUUUUUUUAUUUUU